AUGGACCCGACCACGCCACUGGCCCAACCGAAGCGCAAGAAGCGAAACAGACCCGUGCGCUUGGAAGACAUCCAGCUGGAGAAUGAGACGAUUCGCAGUUUGUGGACGCAGGGCCUGGUGGGGCAAAGCUUGAACCUGGACGCAGCAAGUGCGCAGAAGGAGUUCAACGAGGACGAAGAGCCUCCAAUGCUCGUCGACUAUUACGACGUGACGGAGGAGCUGGGUCAAGGCUCCUUUGGCACAGCCUAUGUCGGCCACUAUCGUGCGACGGGCCUCCUUUGCGCCGUGCGCGUGGCCGCAAUGAGACCUUUAGGAUGUUUGGCGGCUCUUCAGGGUGGGCUCUUGGAUUGA